AUGACGGGUCAGAAAUUACUCUCCGUAAAGGAAGUCUCGGGGCAUCAAUCACCCGAGGAUUGCUGGAUUGUGGUGGACAACCAAGUGUGGGAUGUCACAGAUUUCCUCGAAGAGCACCCCGGAGGAUCCAACAUUAUUCUGAAGUAUGCAGGCCGCGAUGCUACCAAAGCCUACUCGGAAGUACAUUCACCGAGUGUGUUGAAGACAGGAUUGGAACCGCAGAAGCUCAAGGGAGCUCUAGACCAGUCAACAAUCGAUGAAGAUUGGGUUAAACCACCCCCUGGCGAGAGUGUCAAGCUGCUUCUGGAGAAUGAGAAGCCUCCAUUGGAAACCCUGAUCAACUCUCACGACUUCGAGGUCGUCGCGUCCAAAACCGCAAACAAGAAGACAUGGGCGUUCUACUCCAGCGCAUCUACAGACCUUAUCACGCGAGACGCAAAUAAGUCGUGCUUUGAUCGGAUAUGGUUUCGGCCGCGAAUACUCCGCAAUGUGCGAUCCGUGGAUACUCGGACAAAGAUUCUCGGUGGCAAUUACAAGCUUCCGCUCUUUGUCAGUCCUGCUGCGAUGGCCAAGCUGAUUCAUCCAGAGGGAGAGUGUGCUAUUGCGCGGGCCUGUGAGAAAAAGAACAUUAUCCAAGGCAUCUCCAAUAAUUCCUCCUUCACCAUCGAUGAAUUGCGAAGCACUGCCCCAGACGCAAGUUUCAUUUUCCAGCUAUAUGUUAAUCGGGAUCGUGAAAAGUCUGCCGAGCUUCUUCGACAGUGCUCUGCCAAUCCUAAAAUCAAAGCUAUCUUCGUGACCGUGGACGCUGCGUGGCCUGGGAAACGUGAAGCGGACGAACGCGUCAAGGCAGAUGAAGGCAUUUCUGUCCCGAUGUCUCCCUCCAAAGCGCAGAAUGACAAGAAGGGUGGUGGUUUGGGUCGUGUGAUGGCCGGCUAUAUUGACCCUGGCCUCACAUGGGAAGAUCUGAAAUGGAUUCGACAGCACACUCAUAAGCCAGUGUGUCUAAAAGGCGUUAUGUCUGCCGAUGAUGCUCUCAUGGCUAUGAAGGCUGGAAUGGACGGUAUUCUUCUCAGCAACCAUGGUGGACGCAACCUUGAUACUAGUCCUCCUUCUAUCAUUACUCUGUUGGAGAUGCAGAAGAGAUGUCCCGAGGUCUUUGAUGUCAUGGAAGUAUACGUCGACAGUGGUAUCCGUCGUGGAACGGACAUUCUGAAAGCCGUAUGCUUGGGCGCGACCGCCGUGGGAAUGGGUCGAAGUAUGCUUUUCGCUAUGAACUAUGGACAAGAAGGUGUUGAACAUCUGAUUGAUAUUAUGCAAGAUGAAUUGGAGACUGCCAUGCGCAACAUUGGGAUCACCUCGUUGGAUCAAGCGUCUCCCGAUUACGUUCACACAGGAGAUGUGGAUCACUUAAUUCCAGCGUCUCGCUCACAUCCGUAUGCUCGGGCAAUAGCUAAGGGCCGAAAGCGCGGCUCAAAGCUCUAA